AUGUCUUUGGUACAGAGAAAUAAUAUUGUUCUGUUGAUGACAAUGACCAUAAUGGUGAUGGUGAUAAUGUCUGAUGGAGCAGUGUACAAGGUUGGAGACUCUGCUGGUUGGACCUCCAUUGGCCACGUGGACUACAGCAAUUGGGUUGCUUCCAAGAACUUCAAAGCUGGUGACACCAUCAUUUUUGAGUACAAUCCUGAGUUCCACAAUGUGAUGAGAGUGACAGAUGAGAUGUACAAGUCAUGCAAUGCAAUGGCAGGGACUCCUCUAGAAACCUUCAACACAGGAAAUGAUUCAAUAAAGAUCAACAAUUAUGGCCACCACUUUUUCAUAUGUGGGUUUCCGGGCCAUUGCCAAGAAGGCCAAAGGAUUGAUAUCAAUGUGAUUAGGGUUUCUGCAACAAAACCUCCAUCUCCAUCAACAACAGAUGAUGAUGACGACCUUUGUCCUUGCCCUAACAAAGCUCCCCCUUUCAUGGCUUCUUUUGGUCUUGUAGGACUGGCCAUGUCAUUCUUUGCUCCUGCUGCUUUCUAG